UUGGUUAAGGCGGGCAAUUUUGAAACAUUGUCGGGUGUUGAACUGAACUUAGCGCUCACGGCUAACAUAAUUACUACUAAUUAACCCGAAUUAAGAUAAUAUUGUCUAUCUUUAGAGUUUAAGUGAUUAUUAGACCGUUUGUUUUAGUGAAUGUCGAAGUAACUACUUAGUUACACGGAUUUAUUUGCUUUGCAAGAUGAGUAGCAGAACAGCGCGAGCAGCGUCCACUGGACACACGAGCAAAAACAACAACCAGAGCAGAAAGUCAGAUGGAGGCAGCCCACCACGCAGGAGAUCAGCACGCCUGUCCGCGAAUGAAGAAAAUAUACCUCCUAAAGCUGAGGCUCCAUGUGUGCCUGUCAAACGAUCGAUCACUGUGAGGAAGAUUGCACCAAGGAAAACCCAGGCCACAUCUGAGCCUAAUAAAGAAAAUGUGGAGAAAAGAGUAUCUGGUGAAGCGAGAAAAAGGUCCAAGGUCUCAAGUCCACCCCAAGCCGAGACGACUGUGUCCAAACCCGUGAUCCUCUCUCCCAUCCAGGCCUCUGCGUCCCCCUCUCCCCAUACAGGACAACCAGAGCAGGACCCUGUGUGGUCCCACAAAGUACGGCGCUCCUACAGCCGCUUAAGCGUGGGAGACCGCUCGUUUGAGAGCCCCAAGCCUCAGUCUGCCUCGUCCCCCACCCGCAGAGAGACUCUGUUCGGGUUCGAGAGACUCCAGACCCCAGAGGUGAUCCGUAAAACCGAUGUGUCCAGAGGAGCUUCUUCUUCCAUGUGCGUCGGAUCCUUCAACCUCUCGGCAGCUGACGACAGUGUUGCUAACACUCCAGAGCCCGAUCUGAACAUUCCUGGGGUUUGUCUGGUGAAGAAGAACGCACGGAGGAAGAGGGUUCAACAGAUAAAGAUGUCAGAACUGGACAUUCUAGCUGCAAAGAUGAAUGCUGAGUUUGAGGAGGCGGAGUGCUUUGAGCUGGUGGUGGAGUGACAUGCAGGAGCAGCUACAGAGACAUUUCAUACCCAAGGGACCAGUGAACUGAGACACAAUCCUGCUUCAGCGUGAAUUGCUUCUGUAUAAGAGUUCAUAACUGAGGACAGAUCAAGCAAAGUUGUUGAUUAAAGAUCUGGAAAAAUGGAAUAAGCCAUUACGUUUGAGAAUAAUUUUGCUCUGUAAUAUGUUUUAGUGUUUCUCUUUCCUUUAAAUGUCAAUAGAGCAGGUCAGACUAUAUUAUUUGACCCAAGUUUUAAAUCUUCUGAUGUCAAAACGGACAUAAGCAGUGCUACCUGAUUUCUACUGUCAUUGUUUAUUUUGUUUUUCUGUGUAUUGUCUGAUUGUGUAGAAGCGCUAGUUCUGCUCAUUCACGUCAUUAGGACAUGAAACUUGGUUACUUAUUUUUUUUUUUUUUUUUUAGAUGUUCUCCCAAUGCCUAAUGUUGUAUUCAACUAACUAAACCAUCCAGCAGAAUAACUCAUUUUGAUUGCUGAUUUUACUUAUUGUUCACUGUUGUCUUUAUAAUGCGCAUUAUAUUCAGCUGUUCGCUCUAUCAGACUUAGUCAUUUCAAAGCAUAUGGAAAAUUUAUCGCUAUAAUUAGCAGCUCAAAAUGACAGCCUGAAUUCAAUGAGAUUGUUUUGUUGAUGUUCUUUUUUUUUUUAUAUACAAGGGUUAGUCAAAUGAAAACCUUAAAAGUGAGACCUAAAUUAGAGAAACAGUCUGUUUUUUACUUGAGGCAUCCAGGCAUUCGUUAUGGGCUGGAACACUUGCACUGAACGAAAUGUAGAUGAUGUAGAAAAAUUAUACUCUUUGGUGACACCUAUUUGCAAUUACCAAUGCAAAGUAAAAAAGGUUUUCAACUGACUCAGCCUUGUGUAUGUAUGAAGCUCUGAUGUAUGUUCACUGACCACUUUAUUAGGAACACUUGUACACCUACUCAUUCAUGCACUGAUCAAAUCAUCCUAUCAUGUGGCUGAAACUGAAUCUGAAUCUGCCGUUGUAGCCCAUCCACCACAAGGUUUGACGUGUUGUGCAUUCUGAAAUGCUUUUCUGUUCACCAUAGCUGUAAAGAGUUGUUAUUUCCAUUCCCACAGGCUUCCUGUCAGCUCGAACCAGUCUGGGCAUUCUCUGACCUCUUUCAUCAAGUUGUUUCCACCCACAGAACUGCAGCUCACUGGAUGUUAUUUUGUUUUUUGCACCAUUCUGUGUAAAGUGUAUAUACUGUUGUAUCUGAAUAAUUUUGUGCAUUGUGCUGCCACAUGACCAGCUAAUUGGAUAAUUGGAUGAAUGAGCAGGUAUACAGAUGUACCUAAUAAAGCUUGAAGGUAAUAAGACAAAAACAAAUCGCAGCUAGUCAUGUUACCGCGAAGCUAGAGUGCGAAGUCCUCAUUCCCAUGGUAGAAAACUUACUGACCGUUACAAAGCAGCCACACUGGAGACUCCUUCCAUAAUAGUGAAAAAAACAUCUCCAGAAUCAAACAACCAAUUAAAAAUAAUAAUAAAUAA